AUCUUGGCUUCUGUCGUGAUAAGCUUGAAAAUGGCGACUCAAAUGAGCAAAAAGAGAAAGUUUGUUGCUGAUGGGGUUUUCUUUGCGGAGCUGAACGAGGUUUUGACUCGUGAGCUAGCCGAGGACGGAUAUUCUGGGGUCGAGGUCAGGGUUACUCCCGUGAGGACCGAGAUUAUCAUCCGCGCUACUCGCACGCAGAAUGUUCUCGGUGAGAAAGGGAGGAGAAUCAGGGAGCUCACUUCUGUGGUGCAGAAGAGGUUUAAGUUUCCCGAGAACAGCGUCGAAUUGUAUGCUGAGAAGGUCAACAACAGGGGUCUUUGCGCCAUUGCCCAGGCCGAGUCCCUUCGUUACAAACUACUUGGUGGCCUAGCUGUCAGAAGGGCUUGCUAUGGUGUUUUGAGGUUUGUUAUGGAAAGUGGGGCCAAGGGAUGUGAGGGGGUACUUGGCAUCAAGGUCAAGAUCAUGCUCGACUGGGAUCCCAAAGGAAAGCAAGGCCCCACAACUCCUCUUCCGGAUCUCGUCACAAUUCACCCUCCGAAAGAAGAGGAAUUCAUCAGGCCAGCAGCCAUUGUGCCGACUGAAGUCGAGGUGCAAGCGUAG